ACCCUGGAAAUAUUCUUGAGAAGAGUUGACACGAAAUGCGACACAGUGGCUCCCGAUACCUCAGUACAGUCAGUGACGAGUUUUUUUUUAUUUAAAUGUCUGUUUAAUUGAAUAAUAAACUAAGAUUCUCGGAUAAACAUUCGAAUUUUGCAUGUUCAAGGGGUGUAUGUUACACCCAACGCCGCCCGGCGCUCCUCAUUUAGGAAGGCAGUUAUUGACCAGUGAAGACGUUAGGUAUAUUCCACGGCGAGCGUUGUCCAAAAGAAAUUCGUGAGCGAUUCGAAGACAGACCUUCUAGAAAGAUGUCGCCCAGUCUCCUUGUCUGCACCAUGGUCGUGAUUGCUGGGGCAAUGGCAGCCGGCAUGCCUAUGUCCCAAGAGAUGGUCGGAAUCCAGUCCAGCCAUGUGCCUUGCGAUGCUCCUUUAUACUUCACUUUUGAUGAAGUCGACGUCAUGUCUUCGGUGAGCGAGGGCAGCCUUCUGGUCGAGUACGUUAAUUUCGAUGGGGCGUACGACGCCAAAGCCCAGCAGUUUUCAGUCAGGACGACUGUGGAUUACUUCAAUGGAACACUGUACACCACUCAAACGAUUGAAGACUACAAAGAGGAGAAAGCGUACAUGAUAUAUAACAAGACUGGGCAUGAGUUGGUGUGCGUUGUAGAUGACAUCGCAGGAAAAAAGUUCCCGUAUCAAUACUUCAUUCCAGCUACUGCCAAGUUUGUAGCAGAGGAAACCAUAGGUGACCGUGAUCUUGUUGUGGACAAGUGGUUUGAGAAAGACGAAGCCGGAAACAAGCACACCAUCAAGACUGUGACUCGUGGAGAAUGUAUACCAGUGGCAAUCGUGCAACGUAGAUUCGACCCAGCCACUGAUAAGGAAAUUCAGUGGAUGGAAAGUCGAAUCCACAAUUUCCAUCUUGGUAUCUGUGACCGUGAGAAGUACUUCAAAAUCCCCGCCGAGUGCCAACAGGGUAUUGCUUUGAAGGACCUCACUGCAGGGGAGAUGUACCAGCAGUACAAGAAGCUGCGUAGAUUCCGUGACUUUUGAUUUGCCUUGAUGAAGGCUUCGUCGAGUCGUGCGCAAUCAAGCCGCAUUUCUGUACUUCUGUAAACGUCAUGUUAACGUAGUAGAUUUUAGUUGAAAUGUAUAAUUGCUUCAGUCUGACUUGUAAUAACAGUUAUUGAUUAUCUUAACAUUAAUAGUUUUGCUGAAAGAAGACUACUUGUAGUACCCUAAAUUAAUCUGAGUACUAUCCCAUCGAGUCCGUAUGCAUACGAAGAAAGAAAUCAACAAAGACCAACCAUUGUUGGACACAUCGCUGACCCUUGAAGUUCCACAGCGGCUCGCUGAUUUCUUUCCGUAUGGGUGGAACGCUCCAAAUCAUGAACAAUUCAAUAGUUUGGGGCCAAUAUGUUUAUUCAUGCACAGAACAAUGAUAUUAAGAGCAUUGUUGUUACUUAGUCAACCAGCUACCUUUAAAGUGGAUGGCGUGAUGAGCUAUGGAUACAAAUAUCCCUGGUUCGAAUCCACGUCGUCGUUGCUUAUUCACAUUGACUAUUUGUUUUUAUUUUUUAUCUCUGAAUAUCGUUGAGAUAAUUCUAUUUUAAGGCCAAAAAAGAGAACGAGAACCUAAAUGUCUUGCAACGAUUCAAUGGAAAACUGAGUUAUAAUACAUUCGAAAAGCUGAAAACAAAACAAAAAACUGGAAAACAUCAAAAUGAUUACUAACAUUAAAUGAAACGUGCAGCUUGUACCUUAAGGGAAUAAAACAAGUUCGAGAAUA